AUUAAGUGUUGGCUACCGAACAGGGAUUACAGUGAGCUCUUACUCGGCACUGUUCACAUGAACCACUAUCGCCUGAAAAAGAAUCCAUUAUUUUGUGAAGUUCUCCCAUUGGAUUCGUACGAGUAGCAAUCCUCCACCACUGAUCAAAGCUACCAUAACUCUUUCCCUUGCCAUCUGUUUCUCCUAGAGCCUAGACCCAGUACGCUUUCGCCAGAAAUUACCCACUUUCGUAGCCUCUCCAAGCCCGAACAAAAAACCCAAACCCUUUUCCCUUUCGCAGAUCCUUCUGUGUUGAUCCUCUUCUGUGCUCGUUUUGCCUUUUCUUGGAAAUGCAGAGCCCUCAGAGCUGUUAAUCAGUUUUAUGUUGAUGGGUUGGUGUUGAUUUUGGGAAAAAGUUGAGAACUUUAAUCUAAAUUCCUGAAAUGGAUGCUGGGAAGGUUCUAGAAACCCUAGAGGGGGAUUCUGUGGAGUUCAAGAUGGGGGAAAGUCAAAGCUGUCAUGAUGAAACCCUAGAGCAGGUUUCUGUUUUGACUACCUUGAGUGUGGAGUGUACUGGUUCAGAGUUGGGUCCAGAGAAGGCUAAUAGGAGUAAUUUUGGUGUGAAUGAUCAAAGUGUAGAAGCUCCGAAUCCGGGAAAGGAGAGUGACUUUGGAUAUUGUAAUGAUGGUUUGGAAUCAAUGGGAGCAGAGAUUGAUAUGGAAUCCCAUGAGGGGGGAGCGGUUGCGGUGGAAAAUGAGACGGGAGGAGGAGCCUCAUUGGUAUGGGGUACUCGAGAAGUAGGAGUUGGUUUAUAUGGUAAUGGAAUGGAUGGCAGUGGAGUGUCGCUUAUCGAAACGGGCCAUGAUGGUAAUAAAUCUGAUGAGCAGGUUGGGGUAGAGGCGAUUAGGAUGGGGGAGAAUGAUCCCGCUGCACGAGUGGAUGGGGGUAUUUCCCAAAUUGGAGAAGAAGGCAUUUCGCUGAUUGUAGAAGUUUUUGGCCCAUUAAAUGGAACCUGCCAACGAGAUAACACAUUUUGCGAAACCGAGCAUAUGUUGGAAGAGGGUGCUUCUGAGUGCACACCGUCCUCAACAAGAGAUGAGGAGAGAGUAGCAAAUCCCGCAGAGGAAGACACCACUGAUAAUCAAGAACACAAAUUCUGUGUAGGUGAUUUAGUGUGGGCUAAAACCAAGACCGAGGUGUGGUGGCCUGGAAUGGUAUCCGAUCCUACUGCUGCAUCAAAGGAUGCUGCAAAGUCUGACGAAAGGGACGGCUUUCUUGUUAAAUAUUUUGGGAGCAUUAUUUCAGUUCGGUGCUCUGCUUCACGGUUAAAGCCCUUUAUUGAGUAUUUUGAGCAAAUGUCACAACAAAACAAAUCCCGAAGUUUUGUUGGAGCAGUAGAUAAGGCGUUGCUUGAGAUCGGUCAGCGUAUAAAACAGGAGAUGUCCUGUUCUUGUUCUCUGAAAGAAACCAAAACAACUAAUGCUACUCCGGUGCAUCCAAUCUCCAAAGAUAUUAAGAGAGGUGGCCUUGGUUUUUUCUCGGCAUCAGUAUUUGAGCCCGAAAAGUUUAUGGAGUCCAUAAGAUACAGAGCUCUGGAUAUUUCUAUGCCAGGUAGUGUUGAGUUUGCAGUUGUGAAGAAUUGUUUAUCAGCCUUUUAUGGUUCUCUCGGGCAUAAGCAAUUGCCCAUGUAUAAGCUCAGGCCAAGAAACGAUGCCAAUGGUGGUAAUGAUGCAAAGGACGGUGCUCUUCACGGUUUGGGACUGGAAAGGACGGGUGAAGAAUUGAACAAACUUUUUAGUGAUAGCAAUUUGCCUCUUGGUUGCAACAUGAAUGAACGGGAAACCAAAAUCUCUGCUGAAAAAGUAAACAAAACCCCCAAGGGGAAACUUGAAAAAUCUUUUGAGUUGAGAGAACGGAAGAAGAGCAAGUACUUGUCCUACCCCUAUGUUAAUAGUUGGGAGAAGAAGGAUUCAGCUGCUCGUGGGGGGACUGAAACAGAAGAUCCGAAAGGGGAUUCUAAUGCUGCGGUGGACACAAAGAACACCUCCGAGCAGCCUGAGGUGUCCAGACCGUCAGGCAACAGUAGUGGCAAAAACCCUCGGAAAAAAUCCAGGAAAUCUAGAACUUUCAAGAGCAUAUAUGGUAAAGUGGAGAAUAUUGAUACAUCUUCAACUGAAAUGCUCCAAGAACUUCAGUUGACGGCUCUUGAAUGUUUUUAUCCUAGUGAGAGUAAAGAUUCUAGUUCAGUUUUGAAUUUCUUCUAUGGUUUCAGAAAGCACUCAUUUUUAAAUCAUGAUUUCACUAGUGAGGAUAUUUGCAAUCAUAAAGAGGGGAUAAUGAAUAAAGAAACUUUGGGUCAUCAGGAAAUCGAUGCUGCUAAGGGCUCAGAAGGAGAUAAGUUACAGUUGGCUCCAUCUAGUGUUGAACCAAAACGGAGACGCAGAAAGCAGAAGGAAGCUUUAAAUCAAACCUGUCCAGAUAAUGCAGAAAAGGGAAAAGUCCGCAGAAAGAGAAAGAAGAUGGAAACAGCAAGCCUGGGGCAUCCUGAGAUUAGAGUGAUUGGUGGAUUGCCAGAUUUGAAUGGCAAUAGUAUGAGCCUGUCAGUUGAAAACAUGGAGGUUACAGGCCCAGAUACUUCUAAGGGGAAACUUGAACCGAAGAGGGCUAAAAACAAGGAAGUGUUUGUUUCUGAGGCAUCCACAGCCACAGAUACAAAGAGUUCUGAAGUGCAGAAUGUAAACAGAAGUACGAAAUUCAUUCCAGUGUUGAAAGAUGUGCAUGUGAUGGGCACAUUCCGUGUGGAAAAUAAUUUGCACCUCUCAGGCUUGUCAGUUGCUGUGAAGCCCGAACCCAAGAAAAGAAAGAGAAAGGAGAAAGCUUCAGACGUGCAGAAUAGCCCAUCAGCCAUACCAGAUUUGAAUGGGAAUGCUACUAACCACAGCUCAACAGCAAAGGGUUUGGCCGAUCCAAGUGCUGUUACACCUCAAGGUCAACCCCAACAAAAGAGGACUGAAUCUGAUGUUGGUGGUGCUACUGGGAGCAUGGGGAACACACUGCUCUUAAAUUUUACUCCCGGGCAUCCAUUGCCUUCUAAAGAAUCUCUGAACGAAGCAUUUAUCAGGUUUGGCCCAGUAGUGGAGCCAGGAACACAGUUUGUAAGUGGUUCUUGUGCCCAGGUUGUCUUUGCACAGAGUUGUGAUGCAGAAGUGGCAUAUAAGAGUUUAGAAACGAGCAGCCCGUUUGGACCAGCCCUUGCCAGUUACCAUCUGAACCGUCGUCCAGCUGCUACUAACUCUACUGGAAAAGGUUUGGCUGAUUUAAGUGCUAUUACAUCUCAAGAAAAGCCCCGACGCAGGAGGAGGAGGAGAAAUACACCUAAUGCUGGCAUAACCACUGGGAACAUACUCAUCUUGAAUUUCACUCCUGGACAUCCUUUGCCUUCAAAGGAAUCUCUAAACGAUACAUUUAUCAAGUUUGGUCCAGUUGUGGAGGCAGAAACAAAGUUUUCGAGCGAUACAACUGCUCAGAUUGUCUUUGCACGGAGUUCUGAUGCAGAAGGGGCCUGCCAGAGUUUGGGAAAGAGCAGCCCGUUUGGACCCGCCCUUGCCAGUUACCAUCUUGCUAAUACAUCCCAAGAAAAGCCCCGGCGCAGAAAGAUGAGGAGAACAACACCUAAUGUUGUCAGAACCACUGGGAACACACUCAUCUUGAAUUUCACUCCUGGACACCCUUUGCCUUCAACGGAAUCUCUAAACGACACAUUUAUCAAGUUUGGUCCAGUUGUGGAGGCAGAAACGAAGUUUUUGAGUGAUACAAUUGCCCAGGUUGUCUUUGCAAAGAGUUCUGAUGCAGAAAUGGCUUGCCAGAGUUUGGGAAAGAGCAGCCCGUUUGGACCCGCCCUCGCCAGUUAUCAUUUGCAUUGUCGUCCCGGUCCAGCUGCUGAUAACUCCAAGAUGCCAACAACUCUUCUGCCCAUGGAUGCUUUCAAGUUCCCGAUGCUGCCUUCUGGGAAAGCUCCCACAAAUGGCGAGGCGCCUGAUCUCAUGUACAUCAAGCAGAAUCUGGAGAUGAUGACUGCCAUGCUGGAGAAGGCGGGUGACAAUAUCUCUCCCGACAUGAAAGCCAAGCUCGAAGGCGAGGUCAAAGGCUUCCUCAAGAAGGUCAGUGCCAUGGUGGGUACUUCCUCUUCUUCCUCAUAGAAGAAUUCUGUUUAUUUCUGCCCAGCUUGUUUUGCGGGCAAAAUGGUUCUUUGUAUGUGCCCAGCUCGUUUAGUGGGCAAAUCAAAACGGUUCACAGCUCCCAGCUAUUUUCCUUGCAUUUCCCGCCUUUGGUUGUGCAUAGUCAAUGCACAUUUUGUGCUUUGUGUAAUUUAAUGUUUGGCCGGGGCGGGCUCAUGAAGUGUGCUUCAUGGGAGCUGUGUUGUAAUUUGUUGGAAUUGUCUCUCCUUUACCUUGGGCAUCAAUGGAAGCUUGCUGGAGAGAAAAGAAAAUUUGAAAUUGUUAAUACUUGGUAGUUGGUUAAGGUUUCUUUCCUUUUUUGUUUUUUUUAGUUCCUUUUAUUUUGGAUUCUCGUGGUUAAUAAGGACAGUUUGUGCCUCUUUUACUUCUGUCUUAAUUACAGACUUUCCCUUCUCAGAAAAUGUUAACAACAACAAUAAUUGGUAUAGGAUUUUAAUGAUUUGCAUGGA